CCUGACUCUUACUGAACCAGCUAAAAGCUUCUUAGGUUUCAUUGUUGAGAUUGUGAGGAUGUCUAGUGGUAGAAACACUCAUUGGUGCCACAGAUGCCAACGUGGCGUCUACCUACGUGGUCCAGACUCUCUCUGUACCUAUUGUGGAGGAGGUUUUGUCGAAGAAAUCGAUGUAACACCCUUAGAUAAUACGCUUAGAGGAGCUCCAAGAGAUGUUGUUGUUGAGCGUGGUCCAACAUAUGACCUCAUGGAAGCUUUCUCAGUUUUCAUGAGAAGCCGUUUAGCUGAAAGAAGCCACGACAGUCCAAGAAUCACCUCUAGUGGUCGUUCUGAAAGCUUCUCAAGUAUAGCUCCUUUCUUGAUCUUCGGUGGUGGCCAAGCUAAUAACAACACAUCACCUGGUAUUGGCCUCACACGUGGCGGUAACAACAACACUAGCGCUGGUGACUAUUUUUACGGACCAGGUCUUGAAGAAUUGAUUGAGCAGCUUUCUACUACUACUACUCAUCAUAGAGGUCCACCACCUGCGGCUAAAUCAUCUAUCGAUGCGUUACCAACAGUUAAGAUCACGCAGAAGCAUCUCAAGUCGUUGGAUUCUCAUUGUCCGGUUUGUAAAGAUGAGUUUGAGUUGAAGUCUGAAGUGAAACAGAUGCCGUGUAAACAUGUUUAUCAUUCUGAUUGUAUUGUUCCCUGGCUGGUUCAGCAUAACACGUGUCCUGUUUGUCGUAAAGAGUUGCCGUCGAGAGGGACUUCUUCAAGUACAGAGAGUGAUCAGAGUAGAAGCAGUGGGAAUAGAAGGAGGAACAUUCUCUCUAGUCUUUGGCCGUUUCGGUCUUCUAGCUCAAGCUCGACGCAGAACAGGAGAGAUGCUAACAACAUAGCUACUGUAGAAGAAGGAGGGCAGUAUAGUUAUAAUCAUCACCAGCAACAGUAUCAUCAACAAGAAUCUAAUGUGGGUUAUAGUGGUUGGCCUUUUGACUAUUAAAAGGGUAAAUUGAAAAACUUAACUUUUUGUUAAGGCUUUUUAUUUCACUUUGGUCUUGUUCUGUUUCACUUUGGUCAUUGUUUACUGGUAGAUCUUAUGUUUCUUUGGAUUAUGGUUUAUCAACUUUGUGUUUUUUAA